CCAUGACCAUGUAGCACACAGAGCGACAGCCCUCCUGGCCUGGAAAAAGCCCGGUGCCAAGUUGUGCCAGGCCUAUGGAGGAAGCCACCAGCAAGUGGGUGGUGGGAGCCUCGGGAGCCGAGAGUGGCCCCCAGCCUGCAGCGGGCAGGCGAGGACUCCCGAGCACCGGCAGAGAAGCCCUCAUGACACCCGGAGGGCACCCCACCAUGGGAUGUGGGUGGGGGGCGGCUUCUCUGAGGCGUUCUCUAGGCACAGCAUCCGCCAGGAAGACCCUCAGAGGCACCCUGGGGGCAUCCUCUGUAGAGACAUUCAUUCUGGGCGUGGGGAGGCAUCGUUUGGGAACGUCUUCUGGAAGGGGCACCCUCCAGCAGGGUGAAACCUCCAGGGGGCUUGGACACUGGAGGGGUAGGUGUCCUGGGAGGGGCUGGGCGACACGCUCCCGAGGUCAUCCUCAGGGUGGGCAUCACGAGCGUGCGGCACGCUCGGCUGCGCAUCCUCCGGGGCACGUCCUCCCAGGCGGCUCUCUCCGGGCGGGCGGGGCCUGGAGCCGCGCCCCGCCCCGCCCCCGUCCGCGCGCCCCGCUCGCCCCGCCCCCACGCUUCCUCCGCUUUCGCUUUCGCUUCCGCCAGGAGCCCGGUCCCUCCGGCACCGGAGCAUGGACGACCCCGACUGCGAUUCCACUUGGGAGGACGAGGACGAGGACGGUGACGGGGUUAGCGACGGCGACGACGAAGCCUCCUGCGCGGGGGACGCGGAGGACGAGGACAAGGACGAGGGCGCGGGGCAGACGCGGCCGGGCGCGCUCCAGGAUGACAGGGUCACGAAACUGGCGAGCCCUGCAGGAUAUGCGCAGGUAUCGGCACCACUACCCGGAUUUGGUGGAACGAGACUGCAACGGUGACAUGCCAAAUCUGAAUUUCUACAAAAAUGAGAUCCGCUUCCUGCCAAACGGCUGUUUCAUUGAGGACAUUCUUCAGAACUGGAGGGACAACUAUGACCUUCUCGAGGAUAACCACUCCUACAUCCAGUGGCUUUUUCCUCUGCGGGAACCAGGAGUAAACUGGCACGCCAAGCCCCUCACACUCAAGGAAGUUGAGGCUUUCAAAAGCUCCCCAGAGGUCCAGGAGCGUCUGGUCAGGGCCUACGAACUCAUGCUGGGCUUCUAUGGCAUCCGGCUCCAGAACCGAGACACAGGCACUGUGUGCCGGGCCCAGAACUACCAGCAGCGCUUUCAGAACCUAAACUGGCACAGCCACAACAACCUGCGAAUCACGCGCAUGCUCAAGUCCCUGGGCGAGCUGGGCCUGGAGCACUACCAGGCGCCCCUGGCCCACUUCUUCCUGGAGGAGACACUGGUGCGGCAGGAGCUGCCGGGCGUGCGGCAGAGCACCCUGGACUACUUCGUGUUUGCUGUGCGCUGCCGUGAGCAGCGUCGCCAGCUGCUGCACUUUGCCUGGAAGCACUUCCGGCCCCGCUGCAAGUUCGUUUGGGGGCCCCAUGACAAGCUGCAGAGAUUCAAGCCCAGCUCUCCAACCUGUCCACUGGCAGGUCCCAGGCAGGCAGAGGGGCAGGAUAGUCCACAGGACACCCUCCUUGAGGCUGGCACUGAGGGUCAGACCUGUGGACGGGGGAAGGAGGGAAGUGGAGACAGUGUGCCUGAGAGUCCCCAGCCACUGAGUGUGAAGCCCCAGGACGAGGGAUCUCUGGAGGCCAGCCAGGAAGAUGGGGCUGCAGGCUCUGGGGAAGAUGGGCCAGAGUCCCCAAGCCCCAAAGAGUGCAAGAAGAGAAAGUUGGAGUUGAGCCGAAGGGAGCAGGCCCCUGGGGAGGCGGGUGUCGAGAGUGCCUCAGAGGUAGAGAAGAUCGCUCUGAACCUGGAGGGGUGUGCCCUCAGCCAGGGCAGUCUUGAGCCAGGGACCCAGGAUGGGGGCAGCCGGGAUCCAGGGGAGGCCCACCAGCCCUGCCCCCAGCCCCCAGGGGCCAGGGCAGCCGACAAGGUGAGGAAGCGGAGGAAGGUAGACAAAGGUGCCAGGGGCAGUGCUGUGGAGGUCAGCAGGGAGACCGAGGCGCUGGCUCCAUCAGGGUGCUACGAGGCUGGAGAGGUCGAAAACGGGGUCGAGGAGGAUGCUGAAGGCCAAACAUGGUCUGAGCAGGCUGCCCCUGGGAGCCCGUCACAGGGCCCAGACCCCACGGCAGGACCUGCUGCCCAAGAGAGGGCUGAGGUGCAGGAGGUAUCCGAGGUGGGGCCCUCCACCAGCCCUGGAAAGCCUUAAGGGACAGGGCGCCAGCUGGCGUCUGGUCUGCUGCCAGAGUCUGGGCCUGGGGCACCCAAACCUGGCUCUCCUUGGUGCCCAGCAAUGCUGGCUUCUCCCUGGUGGCCACUGUAGUGGCCUCCAGCAGGAGUGAGGCCCCGCCUCAGGGAAGGCCCAGGCCACCAGAAGCCUCUUUCUCACUGCACCUCCCACCCCUUGUCCUUUGCCCCAUCUUUAUAUAUUGACCCUCAGGGUCUUGGGGUGGCAGGGGCUCAUUUUCUUAGUCUGGUGCCAACUAAGGCUUUGUCUGAAUAAACUCAUUUGACUUUGA